AUGGCCGCACAGUCCAGCCUGAGAAGGACGGCGGCGGAGGAUGCCCUGGCCGCCUUUAUUGAUAAAUGGACGUCUGCUGCGCGAUCAAGACUGCGUGGCACAUCAAAAGUUACACGCAUUCUUGCUACGCUUGCCCUCACUCUCACAAUCGUUCUUGGAGGUGAAGGCUACCGCCGACGAUGGAAGCGACAACACCAAGAGCGGGAACAAGGCCGCAAGUUGGUUAGGACGAACUCAUGGCUUCACAACAAGGAUGGGUCUAGAACGAUAUAUGUGCCAUAUAAAAACGGAACUUCCAAAGUUACUAUAAACACUACGAAACCAUUGACAUUCGAAGCGCAUCGCCGUCUCUUCCUGAACCCUCCAAGGGUAUCCGGCCUAGGCGAUGGCACUGUUCCUUCAGCGCAGGCAAAACCAGGGUUGAACCUGGCAUUCUUGCACCAGUUUCUGAGCCUUCUCAGUAUCAUGAUUCCCCGCUGGUCAAGUAAGGAGGCCGGUCUGCUUCUAAGUCAUGGCAUUUUCCUGAUGCUUCGAACCUAUCUGUCGCUAGUCGUCGCACGGUUGGAUGGUGAACUUGUUCGGGACCUGGUGGCUGGAAACGGAAGGGCCUUUCUUUGGGGCAUUGCCAAGUGGUGCGGCCUUGGUGGAUUUGCAUCAUACACCAAUGCUAUGAUCAAAUUUUUGGAGUCCAAAGUAUCCAUCGCGUUCCGUACCCGCCUUACCCGGUAUAUUCACGACCUAUACUUGAACGAGAAUCUUAAUUACUAUAAACUUCACAACCUCGAUGGUGGUGUUGGUCAUGGCGCGGAUCAAUUUAUCACACAGGACCUGACCCUUUUCUGCGCUGCCGCCGCUAACCUAUAUUCGUCCCUCGGAAAGCCCUUCGUGGAUCUCUGUGUCUUCAGCUUUCAGCUGUACCGGUCCCUCGGCCCUCUGGCUCUCUCAGGCUUAAUGAGCAACUAUUUCUUGACCGCCAGCAUUCUUCGCAGACUCUCACCUCCCUUUGGAAAGCUCAAGGCCGUCGAGGGCCGCAAAGAGGGCGACUUCCGCAGUCUUCACGCCAGAUUGAUUGCUAACGCCGAAGAGGUCGCCUUUUACGGUGGUGCUGAUAUCGAGAAGACGUUUUUGAACAAGGAAUACAAAUCGCUAAAGAGCUGGAUGGAGGGCAUCUACAUGCUGAAGAUCCGGUACAAUAUUCUGGAAGACUUUAUCCUCAAGUACAGCUGGAGUGCUUAUGGCUAUCUUCUUGCAUCCCUCCCUGUGUUUCUACCAGCAUGGGGUGGAAUUGGCGGAGCAGCUGAAAUGGUUGACAACAUUGAGAAAGGUGGCCGUGAGCGCAAUAGGAUGAAGGAUUUUAUUACAAAUAAGAGACUCAUGCUGUCUCUGGCGGAUGCCGGAGGCAGAAUGAUGUACUCUAUCAAGGAUUUGUCUGAGCUUGCGGGAUACACGAGUCGAGUGUACACACUGAUUUCGACUCUCCAUCGCGUGCAUGCAAAUGCAUAUUAUCUCCGGAGUGGACAAAAUGAGCUUUACUCACUAUCUGACGUACAGGGCACCAUUCAAAAGGGGUUCGAUGGCGUUCGAUUUGAGCAUGUACCUAUCGUUGCUCCUGGCUUGUGGCCUCAGGGAGGAGACGAAUUGUUGGACUCGUUGUCAAUGAUUGUUCGCAAUGGGGAGCAUCUUUUGAUUUCUGGCCCCAAUGGCGUGGGAAAGAGUGCAAUAGGCCGCAUUCUGGCAGGUCUGUGGCCGGUCUACCGAGGCUUGGUUAGUCGCCCAAAGAAUAUCGGCCAAGAUGGGAUCAUGUUCUUGCCACAAAGACCGUAUCUCAGCCCCGGAACGCUGCGUGACCAGGUCAUUUAUCCCGACGGCCAUGUCGACAUGAGGGAGAAGCGAAAGUCGGAAGUGGAACUACAGCGAAUCCUGGAGGAAGCGAAGCUGGGCUACUUGCCAGAUCGUGAGGGUGGAUGGGAUACUCGGAAGGAGUGGAAGGAUGUGCUCAGUGGCGGCGAGAAGCAGAGGAUGCAAUUUGCAAGACUGCUGUAUCACGAACCUCAAUAUGCCAUUAUCGACGAGGGCACCAGCGCUGUAUCAAGUGAUGUGGAGGGCCUUUUGUACGAGACGUGCAAGGAAAAGGGUAUCACUCUUAUUACGAUAUCUACCCGAGCAUCACUGAAGAGGUACCACACAUUUAACCUGAUGUUAGGCAUGGGCGACAGUGGCGACGAAUGGGAGUUUGAGCGAAUUGGUACGGAGCGGGAGAAGAUGCAAGUUGAAAAGGAAGUCCAAGAGCUACGUGAGCGUCUGGCAGAAGUUGAUGAGCUGAAGAAGCGGCGAGAUGAAAUCGAGCUGGAGCUUGCUUCGGUCUGGACGGAUAAGGGAGAAUCUCUGGCUGCACCUGAGUACACACAAAGGGAAGGCAAACAGGAGCCAGUGGAGACCAAACCGGGUGACGAACUGGUAAUGGUGGAGGAGGAUAACGAAGAGGACGAAUUCGAAGAGACGAAAGAGCAACCCGACGCUGUGGCUACAUAG